AAAUACUAGAACCUCAUUGGCCUAUCCCCAAGAAUGACAUUCAUCAAAAUCAACAUCAACCUCACAUAAUAACUUGAGAAAAGCAAGAACUCAUAUCAACCUCACAACUAUUCCCAAUGUCCUUCCCUCUAGUACAUCAAGGACUUGAAAGAAAGCCACACAAUAAUGGAAUUCAAUCCGGAAAAAGACACGUACACUUGUCACAUACCAUUAAAAGAAGAGGGACCCAAUUGGAUGACGUGUCGGCUACUGUCUCACCCAUUUGUCGUUCCUCUUAUUCCCCCACACACGCACUCGGCCCUUGCCAAUCUUCUCAAGCACGAAGGCGAUAACAGCAGGGAUCGAUCAAGAAGUGGAGAAGAGCAAGACCUCGCAAGAAUCAAGAAGCACAUACACUAGCCACUCUUUCAUUCACUCCCACAUGAGGAAAGAAGGCGGCGAAAUGGGUGCCCAGGAAGGUUCCGGUUCGGGUCAGUUGGACGCAUCAAUCCCCUCUUCUCCCGCAGAGACCCGCCAGUGUGAUGGUGAACCGGAGACCCUUCAGGGGAAUGGCCCUGAGGGUGACUCUCGUGAAAAUGAGGGGCGGAGUGGGCGGCGUUCAUCACCGGCAGCUCCUGGGGAGACCAAGAACGAUGGAGACGGAAGCGUACGGCCACAAGCACUGACCGACCACUCCUCGGGCCUGGACGAUUCGAAAGGAGGAGGGAAGGAAGAUAAAGGAAUGAAUGGGCGCGAGAGGCUGAAGAGGCAUCGGGUCGAAGCCGCGGGUCGGGCUUGGAUCCCGGACAUAUGGGGUCAUGAGGAGCUGCUGAAGGAUUGGGUGGAUUGCUCGGCGUUCGAGGCUUCGUUCGUGCCCGCCAAAAUCAUGUUGGCUAAGGCUGCUUUGGUUGGAGAGGGAAGAAGAGCUAGUUCCAGUGGAAUGAGAAUAGAAAACAGGUGCUGAAUGAAUCACUCCUAUUUUUUUUUUUUUUUGGCUCUGGUCUGUCUUGCUUUAAGAUUUGGAGUUGAGACGAGACGUACAAUUGUAAUGGCUCUGCAAUUAACCAUGGGAAAUGUGUCCAUUCCGACGCCCAUCU